AUGGAAACAGUAAAGAUUCUUGUGAAAGAUACGGCUGCAACUGUCAUACAAACUAAGGACCUAGGGGAAUACAUCAAAGACCAUUACGAGAAAUCUAUGGAAGAUUUUGCAAAGCAAACUACCGAGAUGCCUGUCAUGCAACCUGUCGAACAUGAGAAGUUUGUCAACGCUACCGAGACGCCUGUGAGGGUGCUGAUCGACAAGUAUGGAGUAUUCGUCGAGAGUCUAAUGAUUUCUCUGAUAUGCAAGGAAGAAUACACAGCCGUCAAAGUAACUGGGAAACCAACUACGGAGGUGCCGUUAACAGCAGCUACUGACCACCAAGAGAGCGAUUACGAAGUCCGGCACGGAUUAGGGUUCAGUCAGCCUCACAGAGAAAGUACAUUUCCUUUUCUUUAA